AUGUCGCACCGCAAGUUUGAGAGGCCGCGCCACGGCUCGCUCGGCUUCCUGCCGCGCAAGCGUGCCAGCCGCCACCGCGGCAAGGUCAAGUCCUUCCCGAAGGACGACCGCAGCAAGGCGCCGCACCUGACCGCCUUCCUUGCCUACAAGGCCGGCAUGACGCACAUCCUUCGGGAUGUGGACAAGCCGGGCUCGAAGGCGCACAAGAAGGAGGUUGUGGAGGCGGUGACGGUGCUCGAGGCGCCGCCGAUGGUUGUGGUUGGCAUGGUUGGGUACGUCGAGACGGCCAAGGGGCUGCGCGCGCUGACGACGGUGUGGGCGGAGCACCUUAACGACGAGGUGAAGCGCCGCUUCUAC